AUGGAGUGCUACUACAUCGUGAUCAGCUCGGCGCACCUCAGCAACGGGCACUUUCGCAACAUCAAGGGAGUUUUCCGCGGUCCCCUCAGCAAGAACGGCAACAAAACUCUGGAUUAUGCUGAAAAGAAAAACACGAUAGCAAAAGCUCUGGAAGAUCUUAAAGCCAACUUCUACUGUGAACUCUGUGACAAGCAGUACUAUAAACACCAGGAGUUUGACAAUCACAUUAACUCAUAUGAUCAUGCCCACAAACAGAGACUCAAGGAGCUGAAACAGAGGGAGUUUGCCCGAAAUGUAGCUUCCAAGUCAAGAAAAGAUGAAAGAAAACAAGAAAAGGCCCUUCAACGUUUGCACAAGUUAGCUGAGCUGAGGAAAGAGACAGCUUGUGCCCCUGGAAGUGGCCCCAUGUUCAAAUCUACUACAGUGACUGUGCAUGAUAAUUCCAGUGAUAUCCCACAAAGUGCUGCCAUAGACUCUGCUAAUAUACAAGAUUUCAAUUGCACAGUAACACCCUGUGCACAGAAUUCUAACAGUGUGGCUUCUGAUCUUUCCUCCAUGCAUGAGAAUGCCUGUAGUAAUAUAUCUGACCCUAAGAAACUUGGAGAUCAAGUUCAGGGAGCUCAAGGACAUAAAGUUGCAUUCUCUUUUGCCUUCCCUAAGAAAGCAGCUGUCAAACUGGAAUCUUCAGCUGCGGUUUUCUAUGAAUAUAAUGAUGAAACAUCUAUUGAGCAUGGUUUUAGCAGAAAAAGUAGAUUUGUUCCAGGACCUUGUAAUCUUCAGUCUCCAACAGCAGAAAUAAUUCUGUGCUCUGAGGAGAAUCAUGACUGCUUUUGUCCACUGGUGGAAAAAUGCUCUGAAACAGAGGAAGCUCCUGAAACUCAGGAGUCGAAAGAACCAGCCAGUAAAGAAAACAAAAUGCUGGAGAGUACUGUGUUUAUUCCUGAUAUUUCUCAUUCAAAAAAUACCGUGUCUCCUGAUUUGGAUGGCUACAAUAUUGAUGUAAGUACAACAGAUUUACUAGAUCAAGCACUACCCACAGGUGCAACCAGUAAUCAUGAACUGCCAAUUGAAUGCAGUAGUCAUGAGCUGCUGGGAAAUGGAUCUGUUGCUCAGCCUGCUAUGAAGGAUUGUUUAUCUCAGCAAGAUAAUACGGGAGAAAAUUGUAAAAACGGGAACAGUGAUUCAUCCACAAUUGAAAUAAAACAGCUUGGGGCUGAUGCAUUAAUUUCAUCGAAUUAUGAAGAAGAUAAUAAAAGCCCACAAAGCAAGUCAGAGACACGCAAGAAACCUUCUGAACCUUUUUUUCCUGUUCUUAGCAAACAUGGAUCAAAUACACUUCAGUGGCCAUCAGAGAUGUUAAUUUACACAAAUACAGACCCAUCAAUUUCUUACAGCUGUAAUCCUUUAUAUUUUGACUUCAAGUUGUCAAAAGCAAGUGACAGCCAAGAAAAGCCCAAACACCAGACAAACAUACCUCAUUCUCACCAUAAAACUGAAUCUAACCAAGACCUAGUCUUAGAUUUUACAAAUAAAUCCACUUCAGAAUGUGGUGAUUAUCAAACGGAAAUGAAUAAAAACAUGUGUAACUUUACGAUACCUCUUAUAAGUGACGUUUCCCUCAUCAGAAAUUGUGAUCUUGCAAAAAAUCAAGAUAAAAUAUGCUUAGGUGAAUCAUUUAGGAUUAGAAAAAUAGGAAAGUGUCACAUUUCUAAAAGUCAUUUACGACAAAGCACUGUGAUAGAUGAGAAACAUAACAAAGUCCGCAUCAAAGAAGGUCAUGUAAAAUGUCUUUGCAAAAACAGAAAACGAAAAAGGAAAAGAAAACUAUGUCAUUGCCAUCAUCAUCAUCACCCUCAUUGUCGAGAAACAGCAAAGGCAGAAAUAAAGAUUUCCUCAGUGCCUGAACAGGAAAAUAAUUAUGUAGAAGAAGAUAAAUAUCAGCCACUUCAAAACAAUCCAGAGAAGUGUAGAUAUGAUGCAGGAAUCUGGUUAUCUACAGAUGAGAUACAACAGUCAUAUCAAAAACUUAGUUUUGAAAGCAAAAGUCAUAAAAGAGCCAUAGCUGCAUCAGCUUAUGCGUGUGGGGACAGAGACUCAUGUGAGAUUUGGAAUGCRAAAAAUAGUAACUAUAUCUCUGAUUCUAACCACAGGAAAAGCAAAACAAGCUCUCGGAGGCAAUCAAAACAAGUGGCUCUGAAUUCCAGAAGACAUAAUUUAAUGUGCUCAAGAGCAUUUUGUAGCUGGAAAGUCAGAAGAUCAAGCUGUAGCCCUGAGCAUAAGUGUCUAAGACACUGCAGUGAGGAGAAGAAUCUGAAUCAAAAUCCAUCCAUAAAAAGAAGUUACAGCUUUCUGACAGAUGAACCUGAAAAAUUCCAUGGAAAACGAAGACAUCAUACCUAUUCUUCUUCUUCAGAUGAAAGUUUGUACAAACCGACAUAUGUAGCAGAAGAAUGUUUAAGGCAAGUGAGUUCUCUAGCUACACGUCACAAGGCAAAAGGGAAACGCAGGAGGAGGAAAGCCAGAAUACGUCGUGUAUUUAUUGGCAAGGAUGCAAAAGAUGAGACCUCYAGGCCUUUGGAAGAAAAUUCCACAAAUCCAACAGUAAGUAUUCUAGGAGAAUUGUUGAUUCAAGACAAUAUGGAGCAAACUAAUACAGAUCCUGAAGCUGUUUGUGGAAAAAGUACCGAUGAUACAGUGCAACAGAUAGAAAACAAGUCAUCUCUACAAGCAGAUAGUUCACAUUUGCUGGAAAAAGACAAAUUGAGCGAGUGUUCAGCACUGGAGAACCCUUCAAACAAAAUUUUGGAAGCUGCCACACAUUCAGUUGCUUCUGUUCCUGAGCAAGGUAUUCCAGAAACUGCAUCCUCAAAGGACGUUCUGGAAGAUGAAAAGAAAAAGAAAAAUGUAAACAGUCAUGAAAAUGAAGCUCCUUGUAAAGUGCCCAUCACCAAUAGAAAUUUGGAGCAAGUUUUUCCCAGAACAUUUCUUUGCCACUAUGAGUUGGCUGAAGCUGUACCACAUGAAAAAAUUAACGAAGUGGCCAGUGAGUGGGUACGGUGUAAUUCCAACACGCUUAACAGCCCACCCCCUUUGCCAUUCAAAGAAGCACAGUCCAACAGUCACACCUUCUUAACUACCGAGCAGUUAAUCACCCCCUUCACAUUGCCGGAGCAGGCAUUGCUAUUUCCCCCGGAUACUCCUGAGAAAUUCAAAGACCUCCAGCCUGAAGCAUAUCAGCAGAUCAUGCAGCAGCAUAUGCUGGCGAACAAAGUGAAGUUUGCCUUCCCUCCUGCGGCGGUCCAGCCCCCGAGUUCUCCGUUGCCCUUACCCUUGCAACAGCCCCUGUCGUCUACCUCCGUUACCACGAUCCAUCAUGCUGUUUUACAGCAGCACACGGCCGCGGCCGCAGCAAGUACGUUUAAGGUUCUUCAGCCCCACCAGCAGUUUCUCUCACAGGUCCCCGCUCUUUCCAGAGCACCUUUACCUCAUCUGUCAGUAGGACCUAGACUUUGUCCAGGAGGCCACGCGACUUUUGUUGCUCCGCCGCAUUUGCCGCUGAUUCCGACUUCAGUCCUCCAUCCAACGCACCUGACGUUCCCCGCUCUGCCACACACAGUGUUUCCUUCCCUGCUCUCACCACAUCCAGCUGUCAUUCCCCUCCAGCCCCUCUUUUAGGACGGAUUUUUAGCAGCAGCAAUGGGGAAAAGGAGCCUUCCGAUUCAACAAACUUGCUAUUUCUACAGUCUCCUCAGCUCUGCAAGACAGUUUUAUGAAUUAGUGAAAUAAACAGGUUAAAAAUGCUCAUUCAUUUGGAAGGAUUUACUGUAAGUAUAAUGAUGCAAAUAUUCAUGUAAAAUUCAGAUCUAUACUAUAAUUAAAGCACUGACUAGUCUGAUGCUACGAUGAACUAUAUAUACAUAAGUGCAGAUGAUGUCUUAGAAUAUGUAUAAUGUAUGUAAAAUAUAUUUAUAGUCUGUAACUUAUGUUGUAAAGUAUUCACUUUUUGUUUUUUAUCUUUGUGUAUUUGCACCUAUUUAAUGUUUAGACAAAGCUGAUGCACUAUGUUUUGUACUAUGUUCUCUGAAACUGUAAAUCUAGUGACAAACUAUCUCUUGCAAUAAAUUUUUGUUAACUACUUAAUUAUAUCAAAAAUCUUUCAUUGUAAGCCUCAUGGAUGUUCUUCCAUGUUGUUGUGCAUUUUAAUAACAUUCUGUGCUCCAGCUGUAUUCGGAUAAUCAGGUUUCCUAUAUUUCAGUGAUUUAUCACAGGGGCUCAGAGGCUAAUACCUUGAGGGCAGCUGUCUGACUGAGCAGGAGAGAAGGGAUAAUAGAUCUGUUUGUGUUAGCAGUUUGAUGUCACCAUGACAAAUUUUGCCUCCUUGGAGUAUGUGCACAAACGGCUGACUGUUUGAGUUAAUCCCU